CACCGUGGCUGAAAACUUCGGGAAAAAUGGAAAAAGUAACAGGCGUAAAAACUGUAUCGGUGCAUCCGCUUGCAAGAUAAGGACCGACAGCGAUGGAUCUGCAUGUUUUCUCCCUGAAGUGGUUUUCUAACUGACACUGGUGUCGAAGGAGGAAAAAACUCUGUUUUUCUCGCAAUUCCAUUGAAAGUUUACAAAUGGAGAAAGGAGCAAGUCGGGAGUCAUGAGCACAGGUGUGAAGAAGCCACCAUUAGCGCCCAAACCUAAACUCCCUGGUACCACCAAACCCUCCCCCCCGCCCAUCGCCCCCAAACCAGGUCUCCUCUCCCAGCCUCCCAUCGUCUCCCAACCUUCCCCGUCUACUCUAAAGAGGACAAAACCGGCUGUCGCCCCCAAACCAUGCAUUCCUAAAUCCGUAGCUUCCCCUGUUUCAACCCCGUCACCUAAACCCAGUGAACCCCCCCUCCUAUGUCAGGAACAGCAGACAGCUUUAGGUGAUAACCUCUCCCUUCUCAACUCCAGAAAUGGGAUUUUAUCGGAGACUAACAAACGCGACUCGGAUUACAUCAUUCCCACUUGCUCUUGUGGGCUCCAGGACUGUUCCCAGUAUCAGCAUCUGGAAAAUGGAAGUACAACUGAGAGCGAUUUUCACAAAGGGCCGUUGCAGAAUGGGAUUUCUACAGAAGGAUUCACAGAGACGAGGCCACAAGUGAAAGAAAAACGCCCGGAGGAGGGAGUAGCUGUGGAUAAGGUUGAAGGUGGAGGGAUUGGCAAAAAGCCCAGGGAUAAACCUCAAAGACAGAGACACCUGGAGAGGGAUUUGUCUAACAAAGAAGCUCAGAGGACUGAGGAGCAGGAGGAGGCUGUGAAACAUGAGGAAAGUGCUGUUGCUGAGCCUGAUUUUUCAAUAGCAGAUGUAGAGACUGAGGCCCAUCACACAGAUUUAACAGACUCAGUCUUGGAUGUUGCAGGCAGCAUCAUUAUCUCCCCCUCUAUCACUCCUCAUGAGUCUUCCCCAGAAUCCUUUCAAGCGGAACAUAUAAUCACAGCCUCUCCCACCAGGUUACUCCCUGAUCUGCAGUUCCCUGCUGCCCCCAGUAAGCCUCUCCCGGUGCCUCACCCACGCAAACUUAAAAAGCCUGCCCUGGUGAGGCAGGAUGGCGUGGAGGGCAGUGCCCAGGAUCAGGUGACGGAGGAACAAACACUUGAGAUGCGAGAGGAUGAGGGGAGUCAACCGGGUCUGUCUCUCAGUCAGGAGGGAGAGGAGCUCAGACAGGACUCGUGCGAGGAACCUUUACCCCAAAAAGACUCGUGUUUGGGAGAUGAUGAAGCCGACGCGCCCGUCCCCCCUCCUCGACAGACCUCCCUCUCGCCUCGCCUUCACAGGACAGUCCACAUGUCACCCUCUCUUAACAAAAACACCUCCCACUCCUUAGUCCUGCUCUCACACGCUGACUCAAUGAGCCACCAAAAAGGAGGAGCGGACCACCGGGUGGAGGAGGACGAAGAGGACGGGUAUGGCGACUUUGAGCGCUACCCCAUCACUCACAGCCUCCCCAAACAGAUCAAACUCGGCUGUAAUCCCCCUCUGGGUAGCGCCAGGAGAGCUUUCUCUGCCGAGGAUCAGCCAAGUGCGCCCCCCAGGAAACCCCAGAGACACAGCCUGCCAGCAGCACACUGCCCACCCUCCUUCUGCCCCCCUGCACCUCCACACGCUAACACCCCCAUGAGGGAGCUGCCUGCGCCUCCUCAGGAGAAAACGGCCUGGCGCUUCACCCGACCCUGCGUGACCUUCUUCAGCCGGCAGAUUCCCUCCAGGAGCAGCAUGCCUCCAAAGAGCCGGGCUCCAGCACUGGGGGGCAAACAGAGGGCGCAGUCUUUCUCUGCAGCAGACCUGGCAACCCGGGCAGGCUCUCAUAAGAGGAGCCUCUCUUUCCGGAAGCUGCUGGAGCUCCGGCUGUCUGUCAAGAUGCUCCCAAAGCUGCUGGCCAAGGGAGGGCAGUCUCUGGACUGUACCAGCGUGGAGUCCACCCGGGGGGAGAGGAGGCUGGAGCGACCCACCAGCUGUAUAGUCGAGUCUGAUAUCUGUGGAGAAGAUGGAGAUGGGUCAGUGGAGUAUGAGAACGUCCCUCUGUAUGAGGAAAUCCCAGAGUACAUGAACCUGCCGUUCCACGGUGCGAGGCUGGGCUGGCCUCACGACCCCGACGGAGCAGAUUCAGACAUCUAUGAAGUGCAGGAUCCCUAUCACAGGAGCAACGACCACGAGUACGAGGGCAGCGGUUGGCUGGGGCAGGACGUCCACUCUGAGGAGGAAGAGAUCCACAGUUCAGAUGAAGAGGACAACAGCUCCUCCUCCAGCAAGGAGCACAUGGACGAGGCCGACCGACAGCAGGAGGAUGAGACGAAGAGGAAGAAAUUGGUGCACAUCGCCCAGGAGAUCAUGAGCUCCGAGAAAGUGUUUGUGGAUGUCCUGAAGCUUCUUCACAUAGACUUUCGGGAUGCUGUUGCAAGUGCCAACCGUGCAGAUGGAAAGCGGUGGUGGACGGCGGGAUCCUCAGCCAGAUCCUGCUACCUGCCUCAGCUGUAUCCAAGCUGA